CAAAUGAUCAGGUUUACAAGCUGUAGGAUAGUUACCAUAUCAUUCUGCUCUUUGCAUUGCUUUUGUGUUGCGACUUUAAAAAUUUUAUGAAAGAAAAAAUUCAUGUUCCUCAUUGAUUUCCAAGCUGCUAUUCAAGUCUUGGGUUCAUUUAUAUUUAUUAGUCAUGACGGAUGGUAUUGAGAAAUUUGAGGUUACUGAUUGGGAUCUUGAAAAUGAGUUUAAUCCUAAUCGUGUAAGACAUAAGCUGACGAAGAAGCAGCAAAUUUAUGGCGUAUUUGCAAGUGAUGAUAGUGAAGAAGAUGAAAGACCAGGUUUUGGUCAUAAAGCUGCUACCAACAGCAUGUCUCACAUUAACUUCAUCAGUGGAGGUGUUCGAACAAUUGGGGAAAAAACUGAGAAAAAGGCAUCUGAAGAAGAGGAUCAAAGUUCUAGUGAAGAAGAGGCGAAACCCAAGCCACCCCCACCCAAACAGUAUGGCAAUCAAAGAAGUGGAAUGAGUGGUAGUCGAAAUGCUCAUCAAAUUGCAGGCCUUAGAUCCUUUCAAAAAAAUGCUAAUAACAGUGAUUUUGGAAGCUGGGAAAAGCACACCAAGGGAAUUGGCCAGAAGUUGUUGCAAAAGAUGGGAUAUGAGCCAGGAAAGGGCCUUGGAAAAACACUCCAAGGAAUAACUACACCGAUUGAGGCAAAAUUGCGUAAAGGAAGGGGAGCGAUUGGUCUCUAUGGUCCUGAACAGCCCACCAUGAUGCGCGUGGGUGGAGAACAAUCUAUUGAAACAGAAGAAAGUAGUGAAAAACCACAUCAAAGGCAGUGGAAGAAGAAAACUGGAGAUCGUAAGCCAAAGAUAGAAUACUAUGCACAAAGUGUGGAAGAAGCUUUGGAAGAAGGGGCUACAAAGCGAUUUAGAGGUGAUACUUCAUACCCGAUCAGCUCAGUCAAAGUGAUAGAUAUGACAGGUCCUGAACAAAGAGUUUUGACAGGUUACCAUCAAAUUGCACAACAACAACGUAGACGACCAGAACAAGAAGUUGAAGAAUCUAAGCCUCAGACAAAUAAAGGUGAACACUUCUCUUUGCCAGAAUUAGAAUACAAUUUGAAGCUUUUGAGAGACGACGAAAAGAACAAAAUAAUUCAGUGCGAGAGGCAGAAACAGUUUGCGGAAGAUAGAAUCAUAACUUUGGAACACGAGCAAAAGAGAUUGCAGCAGGUACUGAUUCAAGAGGAAAAACAGAUCCUAACAUUAGAAAAAGUUUUAAAAAUUGUUGACAGCUUGGAAAGUAAUAAAGAAGAAGAGGAUUGCAGUGAAACAUUAGAGAUGGCUGCUAAAAUUUUUAAGGAUCUUCAAGAUGACUAUUAUGAAGAAUAUAAAAUGUACAACUUGAGUGAUUUGGCCAUCACUAUUGUUGGUCCUUUGGUUGAGAAACUCAUAUCUGAUUGGAAUCCACUGGAACAACAUCUCCACUGCAUAGAUAUCUUUAAAGACUGGAAAACUCUUCUGGAAUCUGACAGUUCUGCUAUAUCUGGUAUGGGACAAGAACCUGAACCUUAUCAUCAUCUUAUAUGGGAUGUCUGGAUGCCCCCUGUUCGUAAAGCCAUUUUGAGUUGGAAUGCUCGUAAUUGGUCUCCUCUUAUUGAACUCUUGGAUACAUGGUCUCCCCUUCUCCCUCAGUUUGUCAUGGACAACGUUCUUGAGCAGCUGGUCUUACCAAAACUUCAAGCAGAGGUGGAAGCUUGGAAUCCUUUAACUGAUACUCAACCUGUUCAUUCUUGGCUGCAUCCUUGGCUUAAUUUGAUGAAAGCUCGUUUAGAGCCACUGUAUGCUCCAAUUCGUCAUAAGCUGGCCUCAGCAUUAGUUAACUGGCAUCCAAGUGAUUGUUCAGCCAAAUUAAUUUUGGAACCCUGGAAAGGUGUGUUUUCUCAAGGUGUUAUGGAGGCAUUUGUUGUGACUAACAUCGUUCCUAAACUAGUUGCAGUCAUGCAGACUUAUGUCAUAAAUCCCCAUCAGCAGCAUUUGGAUGUUUGGAAUUGGGUGAUGGCCUGGUUUGAUAUGAUGCCAGAACCAUGCAUGGUGACGAUCUUGGAAAAGAACUUCUUCCCCAAAUGGUUGCAGGUGCUAUAUACUUGGUUAACUCACAGUCCGAAUUAUGAAGAAGUCACCAAGUGGUACACUGGAUGGAAAUCUAUGUUACCUCCUUCACUACACCAUCAUCCUAUUAUUAAAGAACAAUUCAGACAAGCGUUGGACAUCAUGAACAGAGCAGUAUCUGCACCUCAGGGACUUCUGGGUCAACAGCCAGGGGCUAAAGAAAGCAUGGCUUACUUGACCAAUGUGGAAAGACAACAGGAGUUGGACAGACAUGUUAAGCCCAGAAGAGAUUAUGAGGCCAUGAUACAGACUGUAAGAGGUGUCACAUCAGCCGCUUCCCUUACUCUGUCUUUCAAAGAAGUCAUCCAAAAGAAGGCUGAAGAAAGUAACAUAAUAUUUAUGCCUGUGCCUGGACGAUAUCAAGAUGGCAAGCAAGUUCACCGGUUUGGUAGCAGCCUUCUUUAUUUAGACAGGGGUGUCAUAUUUGUCUUCAAUCAAAAAACGUGGGUUCCAACUUCACUACAGAGCCUGCUGGAUACAGCAGGUUGAAAGUGGAACUACAGUUGUAUAUUCUGUAUAUAUUUGUAUAAAUAAAUUUUUACCUUUUUGCCUUUA